UCGCCUGAAUCGCUUUACAUCUCUCCAAUUUAUUCGAUUACAAUCAGUUCCGUCGCUCGCUCAUUUCACUCCUUAUUUCUCGGAUUCGGGUUCCGAGGACCCGAACUCCACUUCGAGAAAUGAUGAUAAUUAUUUGGAAUUGGAUCCAUUUAAAGUCGUUCAGAUUCUGCAAAAUAUGAAAUUGGAACCAAUUUCUGCACUAUCCUUUUUUAACAAUCUCAAGGAGAAGGGAUUUCGGCAUGAUGCCACAUGUUACUUGGCUAUGAUUAAGGUACUCUGCUAUUGGCGCAUGGACCGACAACUGGAUUGUUUAUUUACAGAUAUUAUAAACUUGAAAGGGGAGGAUUUGUGUUUUGAGGUAUCUGAGUUGUUGGAUGCAAUGGCUGAGGAGCUCAAGUCUGAUGGGCCUAGCUCCCUGCUUCGGGCUUUUGACACCCUCAUCAAGAGUUAUGCUAGUUUAGAAAUGUUCGAUGAGGCAAUUGGCACUCUCUUUGCAACUAGAAGGCACGGCGUUGGGCCGUGUUUGUUGUCAUGCAACUUUUUGAUGAAUAGGUUAGUUGUGCAUGGAAAAGUGGAAACAGCUGUUGCUAUCUAUAGACAGCUGAAAAAUAUUGAUGUGGAGCCCAAUAUAUAUACUUAUGGGAUUGCAGUUAAGGCAUAUUGUCGAAUGGGAAGUUUGGCAGAAGCUGAAGAGGUCUUUCGGGAGAUGGAGGAGGCUGGGGUGGUGCCUGAUUGUUUUACUUAUACAGCUUAUCUUGAAGGACUCUGCUGGCAUGGUCUGUCAGAUAUAGCAUAUAAGCUUUUACGAGCUUUGGAUGCCAAAGCUGUCCCUGUGGAUGCUUAUGCUUAUGCUACUGUCAUUAAAGGGUUUGUUAGUGAGAAGAAGCUGAAAGAUGCAGAAAUGCUAUUACAUGACAUGGAAGAACACAGGGUAGUCCCAAAUGAAUUUUGCUAUUACACUUUAAUUCAGGGAUAUUGUGAUUCUGGGGAUAUAGUUAGAGUUUUGGCCAUCCACAACAAGAUGGUGUCUAAUGGUAUCAGAACCAAUUGUUCAAUUCUCUCUUCAAUUCUUCAGUGCUUGAGACUGAAAGGCAUGUACACUGAAGCAAUAAACCAGUUCGUUAACUAUAAAAAGCUGGGCAUCUAUCUGGAUGAAGUCACACAUAAUGUUGCUAUUGAUGCUUUUUGCAAAUUGGGCAUGUUAGAUGAUGCAAAAAGAUUGUUUGAUGAGAUGAAGAAUAAGAAACUCAUACCAGAUAUUGUGCAUUAUACGACCUUGAUAAAUGGUCACUGUCUGGAAGGAAAUAUUUUUGAUGCUGAGCAUUUAUUUGAGGAAAUGAAGACAAGUGGCCUGAGAGCUGAUAUUAUUACGUAUAAUGUCCUCGCUGGUGGAUUGUCUCGGAAUGGACUUCUGGAUAAGGUGUUUUCCCUGCUGGAUACGAUGAAAGAGCAAGGCUUGACCCCCAGUAGUGUUACGCACAACAUGAUCAUUGAAGGCCUUUGCAUCGCAAAGAGAGUGGAAGAAGCUGAAACAUAUUUCAUUAAUCUGGGAGAAAAGAGCAUAGAAAAUUAUUCUUCCAUGGUGAAUUGUUACUGUAAAUCAGGCAAUGCGAUCAAGGGCUUUAAACUUUUCUGUCGAUUGUUUAGCCAAGGAGUACUUAUAAGUAAUAAUUCAUGUGCAAAACUUAUUGAAAGCCUCUGUUCGGAAGGGGAAAAUAAAGAGGCCAUUAGAGUUCUUGAGCUUAUGCUUUCUACCGACAAUGGCCCUAAUAGGACAAUGUACAUCAAGCUUAUCACAGCUCUCUGCAGUGCUGGAAACAUGAAAAUGGCCCAAUGGGCAUUCGACCAAAUGGUCGGGAGAGGAUUAACUCCUGAUGUGGUGAUCUACACCAUUAUGAUGAAUGGAUAUUGCCAAAGGAAACUCCUGCAGGAAGCCUCUGCUCUUUUUGGUGAUAUGAAGAAAAGGCACAUUAGUCCUGACAUUAUAACUCAUACGGUAUUUAUUGAUGGGAAAUGUAAAAGAACCUUGAAAAUGGCUCGAUCUAAAAAAGAUUUAGAAGGAAACAAGACAGUAAAACAGAUAGCUUCAAAUUUUUUGCUUGAAAUGAAGGACAAGAAAUUAAAGCCUGAUGUCAUUUGCUACACAGCACUGAUUGACAGUCAGUGCAAGUCAGGGAACCUUCAAGAAGCUGUUUCUCUUUUCAAUGAGUUGAUUGAACAAGGUUUACUACCUGACACUGUGGCAUACACAGCCCUUAUUUCUGGCUAUUGCAAGCAAGGAAAUGUGGACAAGGCUUUUACUCUUAUGGAUGAGAUGAAAUCCAAAGGAAUACAACCAGAUGACCGCACUAUGGUACCAUUGGUUCAAGUAAUCAAAGAUUCAUGAUAGCAAAGAGAGUGCAGAUUCACCAUUAAAAUUUCACAAAUACCCCUUGGAUGGGUGUGGCUUACUGUAGCCUGAGAAAUUCAAUUCACGUGUGUGUUGUAGAAGAGGAUCAGUUCUUGAGUUCAGGAACAAUUGGUACUCUGGAAUAACUCAAGUUUUGAAAGCACCCUUUCAGGGCAUCUAGCUAUAUUGAUUUCGUCGGAAGAUACUUGCCUCAACUGUCUCAGAGAAUAUCCGCCCCAAUUUCACCUCUGAGCAUUAGGUUGUUUCUGAAAUUUCGAGAAGACAGCGACUAAACAAAAACAUGUUGAGCUCCAGCUUCGGCAUCAAGUGACAAGUAUUUCAUCCUUGUUACAUUUUCUGCAUUGAAGUGUCAAAGAAUGCAUCAUUGCUGCAUAUGUGCUUGCACAUGCUCUGAAAUUUGAGCAGUUGAUCUUAUAUAUACCAGCACAGAGAGGGAUGUUUUCGGCAAUUGAACAAGGAGAGUUGCGCUAACGCAGAAUCAUUAUUUCUUUUUUUGCAACAUGUCAUAGUUUCUUUCCCUCGUUGAAAUUAGGUCUCUCUCAGAAUAUAAUACUCAUUCAUUAUCUUGUCAUAAUCAUUUGAAAAAUUGAAAAUGUUUACAAUUUUUAGAUACUUUUCACUUCCAGUUGCACAUUUAUUUUUCUCC